UAUAAACUUCCACCUGAGAGCCAUCCAGUCACAGGCCGCUUUUCGUUACAUACACAACCGCUUCAUUUGACAAACACAAGCUGAGAGCAACAGUAGCCUCCCUCCGUGACUGGAGAUCUGAGAGAGCAGCAGCCGCGUAUGACAGCAUCGCAGCGUCCGAGGCGAUACACACAUGUUCGACCGGUUUAUUUCUCUCGUACGCUAUCUGUCAAGGGCUCAUAUUGUGUGUAAAGCUGACGGUUCAGCCACAAGCCAGGAAUGAGGACGCGUCAGACGCAUCUACUCACUGACUGGGCAUCGCGUUUCGAAGACGAACCUGAGCUUCGGCCGUUUGGACAACAACAGAAUAUAGCCGAGACAGCCGCUGCCGUAGCUCUUUAUACCUGUGGGACACUGUUUUGCUGCGAAUUCCGUUUAUAGACACACAUUUUAUUACGCUGUCCUGACAGACGCGUUUCUCAGUGUGUCAGUCUAGUGCGCUUGAUGCUUUGCAUGCAAACCCCGAGUGAACUUACCAGGUAAACAGUUUUACCUCGUUCUUGUAUCGAAUGUUGUUUACUUUUGCAUUAUGUAGCUCCUGGCGCAUUUGGAACAGGCGUUUUUACGAGCGAAAACUACGGUAAUCUAAAUGUUGUGUUGAACUAAUAAUGGUAGAUGAGGCUUAUGGCGAUAUCAUCACAGGCUGGUUGGCGUUCCACAUCCGCGCGCUGUUGUCCCCAAACCGGGUGAAGUGAACGGCACACCGGGAAGGAAGGCUUCAAAACCUGCUCACGUCAAACUGCACUGAAACUUAAAGGCUAAACGAUGUCUAAAACGCUGAAGAGGAAGAAACACUGGUCCACUAAAGUGCAGGAGUGCGCCGUGUCGUGGGGAAGCGUUGGGGAGUUCGGUGAUGUUGUGGAGAUCCUCGGAGGCGCCGAGCACGGGGAGUUCCCGUUCCUCGGUCAGAUGAACUUAGACGUGCUGGAGUGUCACGUCGGGAGGCUACCGUACUACGGGGAUGUGUUAUUGGAAGUGAACGGGACACCUGUGAGCGGGCUGACGAACCGAGACACACACGCGGUGAUCCGCCACUUUCGGGAGCCGAUUCGAAUUAAGACCGUCAAACCAGAACGCUGAGAGCAUGGACAAGUACUUUGGCGAACAGCAUUCAGAAGAUUCUUUGUUCUCUCCCUCAUAGUGGUUGCACCACAUGCCCUGACUCUGACUUGUGCUGUGCUUAAAGUGCCUUUAUGUCAGAGGCACAGCGUUUGCCUUAGGGUUGGUGGGUAGUAAACACUCCACACACAUCUUAUAAAAGCACAAGCAUCAUUUCUAAGGACACUCGCUGUUGGAGUGUGUAUUGAUUAUAGCAAGUGGGUCACCUUUACUUAGGACAGGCCUGUGCACCUUACUGGUGUAUGAGGGCAUGAUGAAAAUGGGGAGGAGGACGUUGUUACCAUGGACACCGAAUAUCUUAGCAUUAUUGAUGGGUCGAAUGAGUGUAUUCUUAGCAGGAGGAGGGGAAAGGCACAAUAUGUCAGAGUUGUUAUGGAGAUAGGAGGAUGUUAUUAGCACGUAGAUGUGAGAGUUGUUGCCAUGGAGAGAAGGAGAGGGUACAGAAGGAUAACAUUAACUGGAUGGUUGAUUGUUGAAUAAAUGGACAGUAUCUGAGAUUGUGUGAGCAUGCACAUCAGCGGCAGCUGAGGCCCUGACCUUUAGGACGCAUAAGUGUGUGCGAUCUU